AUGAGUAUGGCAGAAGGGUACACCCUGAUAUCAGUGGAUUUUGAAGUUUUUGGGAAAGUACAAGGUGACUUUUUCCGCAAGUACACUCAGGCUGAGAGUAAAAAGCUCAGAUUAGUAGGCUGGCUCCAGAACACUGACCAGGGCACAGUACAAGGACAAUUGCAAGGCCCCACCUCCAAAGUACAUCAUAUGCAGGAAUGGCUUGAGACAAGAGGAAGUCCCAAAUCGCACACUGACAGAGCAAGCUUCAACAAUGAGAAAGUCAUCUUAAAGUUGGAUUACUCGGAUUUCUAA